CGCAAAUAUCAAAUCGAAGCUUGGCUUCACACCAUUGUGUCUGUGUGGUCGUCGUGUCCCCUACUACGCCAUCCAUCGCCCAUCCAUCCCACCACGCCACACACGCACACAAAAUCCUUUGCCGGAACGUACACGACUGCACAUAUGUACACCCACUCACUCACACAUCAAUAUCUUCAUCAUCCAUCCAUAGCCAUCGACACGCACCAAGGCGGCCACCAGACAGACAGACAGACGGAGGGAGGGAGGGAGGGAGUCGCACAGCACACGAAGAAUCCCUCCCUCUUGGAGCUCUUCCUUCCUGACUGCUCUCUUUUUCCACAUCUUGCUUGCCGUCAGUCAGUCCAAUCACGUGUGUCUCUUUCCACUUGCAGCGCUGCAGCCAGCGACCGGCCUCGCCGUGGUGGCCACAGUGCCAUCACAUCACCACAGCAAGAAGGAUCGAUAUAUGCCGCGUUGAAAGCGAAAAGAGAUCACACCAGACAGACCAGACCACAACAGUCAGUACACCCAUCAGUGUCCCCUCCUCUCCCCCCGUGUCAGCAAAGGCUCGUUUAGGGACACCAGCUGGUUGCCAUCGCAGCUAUCGAUAAUGCCGUCCUCACCCCCCCGCCGCCUCUGCACACCACCCGCCCCGGCCCCCUCGACAUCAACACACACCGACAUUUGGCCGAUGUGGUCGGCAGCCGUGGGGUACUCAUCGUUGCACUGCUUGUGUCGGUCUCUGUAGGCGGGGUAUGUGACGGCCGCUCGGAUGGCCAUGGCGGCCACCACCACGCCACACAGCCCGAUGCACAGGAAGCCCACAUGGAAGCCCACUAAGCCGCUGAUCAAGCCGCCGAUCAGAGGGGCCAGCAAUGUGCCGGUGCAGAAGCCCAGACCUAUUUGUUUAUUACGCACACACACACAGACACAUGGGCGAGAAGCACUGACGCCUGCAGGCAGCGAGGGGGUCUCUCCCUCUCGCCCACCUACCUGUGAGUGCGUAUGCCUUGCCGACGAUGUCGUUAAGGUUCCUGUCGUUGCAAUAGUGCCCCACAAAUGCCUGGACGCACGCAUCGGCCAUCCCCAGCCCGACGCCGCUCACACACAGCCCCACACACUGCACCGCCUCUCUCCCAAUGUAAAGCACUCCACAGACAGCCACCGACUGCAUCACGAUGCCCGCAGCCACCAGCUGCAGCAGCGGCACCCCCAGCCAGUCCGACACAAUGGGCGAGAGGAACCCACUGGCCACCUUGACAAUCGCCGACGGCAGGAACAGCGCCCCAACGACCUCGGGCGACGUGCCGAAAUGUGUGUGCCAGUAGAGGGGCAGCAACGCCUGCAGCGUCAGCGUGGCGCCCCACAGGUAGAGCGUCGCGACAGUAACAGUCAU